AUGACUCCUCGGCUUAGUUUGGUCAACGUCCAGGCACUCAACUUCCUUCUAAGGUCUGAGAUUUACGUGAGUUCGGACGGGCAAUUGCGAUCCGCACCUCUGAUUUUGGAUUACGUGCCCCUCACUCGUGCCCUAGUGGAGCCCGGCCAAGCAAUUAGGGCAGGUAGUCCGCGAUUGGCACGGAUAGACGUCUCCGUACCAGGCUUUCUUGCUUCGAGAGAUUUGCCCCCCGUCCAGCCGCCUGCUCAGCGUGCCUUUCCCGUAGUAGUUAUCCCAGAGGAAGAAGCCGGUUCCUCGCACUCGUCUUUGGAGGAUCAGAUUGACCAAUUUCACUUUGCCGAGGAGGGAGAGGUGUCGGCUAGGAUAGUAGAGCUCUCGGAUUCUGAUUCAGAUCUGGACCGCGCCUCAGCAGCCCCUGACUUGGGUUUAGUAACCGCACAAGUUGGUACCAGCCAAGAGCUUGAAGAAGAAGAAGGAAUGGACUUGAGACAAAGGUCUGGCCUCAAGGGUCUUCUUGCCAAUAGGAACAAAGGGCAGUCUUCCAAGGAUGCCCAAAAGGAGCAGCCGACCUCCAAGGCUCCUCCUCCUCCUCCUCCCACCUCGGAUGUGGCGCUGCAGCCUAUGCCCAACUUAAGGCGAAAAAGGCCUGUGGGGGAGUUGGAGGAGGGUGAGGUUGGCCAAGAAAAAGCCAAACCUCAGAAGAAGGGCAAAGAGACCAAGGAGCCCAAAAAGAAGAGGACCAAGUCCAUUGAUAGCCGAGACGAGGCGACUAUUCAGAGGGAGCAACGGAUAUGGUCGCCGCGGCUCGAACUGGAUGGUGCUCCAAUUUCCUGGGAUGCAACCAUGUGGGAGUCCCAACGACGGGAGGCGUCGUUCCUGGCUGAGGCCCUGCAGCAGCCUCUUCUUUUGCCUCGCGACAUGAAGGGGCUCCGGAAUACUCAGCAACCAGAACUCUUCAUGUCGCUGAAGAGGGACAUGGCAAUGGUCACUCAGCAAAUCUUUGUUGCUGAGGAGUGGGCCAAAAAGGCACGUGAGGACCUCCAUAAUGAGGCUCAGUCCCGCCGCAUUGCCGAGAGGGCUACUGGCGACCUCAAGAAGGAAAACGAUAGCCUGUGCCAUGAAGUAAAGGAGGCAAAGAAGGGGUGGGACAGCGCGGAAGCCGGCCUCAAAAAUGCCACUAAGCAAGCUGAGGAUCUGUGCCUACAGCUCCGCCAGUCCGAGGAAAACCUUAGGACAGAGAAGCAGGCGGUUUCAGACCUCAAGGCCGAGCUUGCAAAGGUUAAGGGGGAGGCCCGCCUGGCCAGGGAGGCAGCCAAGAAGGCAGUGGCAGCCUCUUACGAACGCGGGGUCAAGGAUACUGAGGGUGUAGCCUUGGACCGGGCGGCAAUCCCAGCUGAUUCCGAUCUUAGGAAAACUGAGAAUAUCUUUUUUCCUGAGGACGUUCGUGAGAUUCCCGACGAGGCCGCGACUGAAGAGCCUCUCCCAAUGAAGGCUUUAACCUCGGACUCUACUGUGCCUGAUGCUGAGGAUGCGCAACCGGCCGCAAAGGACAAGUUGCCCGAGGAUAGUCUUUCAAUCAAGGAGGUUGUUGCUCAGGCUAAAGAGACUGUUUCGAGGCCACAACCAACAGCUGACCAGCCCGGGCCUGCUCAGGAAUCAGACUUGGGAAAGUAG